AUGCGCUGCAUCGCGUUCCCGCAAACCCCCAUAUUCCCUUUCCUGUCAUGCUUGCAAUGGCCAAGGAAGCGCUUUCAAGCAAAUCCAGAGUUCGUCAUUUCUGACCUAGACGUUUCGCAGAACAAGCUCACAGUCGAUCAGUUUCAGACCUUAUUUCUUCUAUUGGGCACCGCUGGUGUCCGGGUGAUGCGCUUUCGCAUGUUUGGCUGUGCAACUCUGACGGAUGAAGUGCUUAAAGUGAUGAGUGACUACUUGAGAGCUCUUGGCGCUGACGCGGCUCCGAACGAGAUGCACCUUUCAGAUUGUGCCAUCACAGCUGAGGGUUUCCGAGACCUUUGCUCUGCUCUAGAGGAAACAGAGUUAUUCCCACGUCCAGUGGCUCCAAACUCAGACACGGGCCAUCCACUCUACCUUCGCAUGGAGAACAACUACAUAGAGGAGGCACUUGCUCCACUGGAGAAUAGCCCAGAGACUGAAUUCCAUGCAGUUUUGAGCUGGAAGCAAGACUGCGAAGGCGGCCAUUCAAGAGAAAGCAUCUCGUUUGCAGUUGAGUGCAGGAUUCACAGCAUGGAACUGAAGAAGUCAACUUGCUACACUCUGUAA